UGAUUUAGGCGUCGUCACGUGACUGCGUGCGCAGCUCACCAAACUGCCCCCAGUCCGUCACUCUGGCGACGGCACCCGGGUGGCGUCCACCCCGCGAUGUUUACACAGGUAUUGUCAUGUCACUUCUGGAUUUGACAACGGACUGAGUUUAUGCCAGCCUACAGACGUCUAACCGAUGGAGUAGAAAUGCGCCUCCACCGUCGCGCCCCCACAUGAAGACAUGAAUGAUUACCUCGGAGGACGGUAAUUUUCCGAAACAGCUUACCUGGAUAGGGCCGGUAAUUAUUAAAAAUGUCAGGUGGGAACAUCCUCAGCAAGGUGCGGUCCGCCUUCCGGAGGGAGCGGACCGACUGGGACCUGAGCGACACGGCUCCCUUCGACUUCUCCGACGAGCUGGUGGAGGACGAGGCCCCCAAGUUCAACAAGCUGAAGGUGGUGGUGUCCGGGGAGAUGUCCGACUACUCUGCCGGAGCCCCCUCCAACGGAGUGGCCGUGAACACGCUGGUGGUGGCGGACGAUGAUGACGACGACUCCCUCCUGGACUCCUCUUCCAGCACGGGCAGCCCGGGCCUGAACAUGGCCCCCUGUGACAGCUGCACACUGAAGAGGGAGAGGAUCAAGCACAGGAAGGUGAUGAAGAGGCUGGUGGUGGCGGCCGUCCUCUACUUCCUGUUCAUGACGGGAGAGAUCAUAGGCGGUUAUCUGUCAAACAGUUUAGCCAUUAUGACGGACGCUGUCCACAUGCUGGCAGACGUGGUGGGUAUCUUGUUUUCCCUGUUGGCCCUCUGGCUUUCCACUAAGCCUCCCACCAAGAGGUUCACCUUCGGGCUGCAUCGCCUCGUCCUCAGUGUGCUGCUCAUCUACAUGCUGACCGCUGUGCUGCUGUAUGAGGCGGUCCAGAGGACGGUUCACCAGGACUUCAACAUAGAUGGAGAUGUCAUGCUCAUCACGGCAGCUGUCGGUGUGGCUGUGAAUCUCAUAAUGGGUUUUCUGCUAAACCAAGGAGGUCACCUGCACUCGCACGGCCACGGCCACGGCCACUCCCACGGCCCCCCGGCGGCCUCCGGCCCCCGCCCGGCCGGGUCGGCCCAGCAGAGGCCCCACGGGAGCCUGGCCGUGAGGGCCGCCUUCAUCCACGCUCUGGGAGACCUGCUGCAGAGCAUCGGGGUGCUCAUAGCGGCCUACAUCGUCCGGUUCAAGCCGGAUUUGAAGUUGGCAGACCCGAUUUGCACCUACAUCUUCUCGGUUCUGGUCCUCUGCACCACAUUCCGCAUCAUAAGAGACACCAUAGUCAUCGUGCUGGAGGGUGUUCCCAGACACUUGGACACUCAGCUAAUUAAAGAGGACCUCCUGAAGCUGGAGGACGUCCAGUCAGUGGAUGAGCUGAACGUCUGGGCCCUGACCGGCGAUAAGACCGCAGCCCUGGUUCAUCUUCAGCUCACUCCCUCUAGUGGCGAGAACUGGGAGGAGGUCCAGGCGAAGGCCCGCCACCUGCUGCUGCACUCGCACGGCCUGAGCCGCUGCACGGUGCAGGUGCAGACGCACAGGCACAGGAUCGUGCGCAGCUGUGGGCUCUGUCAGCAGCCCAGCGCCUGAAGACGGACUCACAACAACCCUUCUGUCAGCAGCCCGCUCCAGGGAGGCCGCCGGGGACUGCUGCCGCCGCUCAGUGCCUCAGGAGGAGCAGAAACGUGCCAAAGGAAGGUCAGAGGAACAGAUGCACACACCUCUAAUUAGGGAGGCCCAGAGGCCUCCUCGGACUUUUGCUUGCAAAGCUUCUGGAAUUGACGUUGACUGCUUGUCUGAAAGAGAAGAAAGACAAAAACUUGACCUUAAUUCACCAUUAAAGCCUCUUUCUAAGGGUGUUUUUUUUCCUUUAAUUUUUUCUUUUUCUAUGUAACAUUUUGAUUUGUCACGACAGAUGUUUGUGGUCAGAUGUAGAUUUAGUUUUUUUGUUUUUUUAGAGUUCAAACUGGAAACUAAAAGUUCAACAGAAGUCAGCAGUCAUCAGUAUAGAAGAGUAAUUCAUAUCAUUUGAAAAAGAGUUCAGACUUGUGACAUUUUGACCUAUUAGAAGACACAAAACUGUAUUAAAUCGACUUACUUAUUCUACUUAUGCCCAAGUAUAUCCCCAAUCAAAUUUAGUUUCCACUAAUAAAGGGUUUGAUCUCCUUAAAGCUGCUCUCUCUGACAUGUGAUGUUUUGGGGCAGAUCUCAUUUUAGCAAAUCUGAUAAAACUGGCAGACAGCUGACAAUCAGAAUGCUUCUGUUUGGGUCUGAGGGCAUCAUUAAUGCUUAUAUCACUAACAGACAUGUGGAUGCAGACAGGUUUUGUGUGUCUGACGAGGAGCGAGUUGACAUUUUGCCACGUAUUUGUUUUCACAGUGUUUUUUUUCCUUUUGUCAGUGUUAAGAGCCUGAGAGGGGUUUAUUGAUGAAAUAUGAGUAAUCACAAAUAAUUAUAUUUAAAAACAGAAUUGCUGUUUUUGUUUGGAAUAAAGUGUUAAAAAUGUUAUGUUGCCUUAUUUCUGUGUCUAUCCACAGAACGUUUCUUUUUAAUAGUCCCUGUUUCUGAUACUUUCACACCCUCACUCAUGUUUCUCCAAAUUAUUUUGGGGUAAAGUGAUAAUUUUAACUGAAUUUAACAAAAUUAAGUAAGUAGUAACAGAGGACGAAUAAAUGGGUGUAGAACAAUAAUAAUAAAUCCUAAUGGCCCUUUCUAUGUGUGCAAUAUCCUGUAUGAACACCAGGUGGAGCUCUAAUGUUUAAAACAUUAAACCAGAUCUGUGGUUAAACCGUUAAUAUCUGAAACUAAACUCUUUUGUUGUGAGUAGAAACUUCUUCUCAGGCAGAAAAAAAAUGUUCUUUAGAGUCUAAAAAUGAACCAUAGUUUGGUUUAAUAGAUAUGAAGGAAGCUGUUAGUACUCUUAGUUCUGUAAACCACUGAAGUAUGACUGAUAAUCAUGUAAUGCAGCAAGUUUUCUAUUCAUACAUUAAAUAUCUGAUCAGAGACUCUCCACCCAGUAAAGUUAAUGUGCAAAACGAGGCUUUGUCACUGGUUCAUGAUUAACUUGAAUAAAGUGGGCGCGCCUGUUUCCAGGCAGCUGCUGUAUAACCAUAAACUUGCUGUCCCAUCUCUGCCUCCCUUUAGAGUACCAUGUUGUCAAGACGAGACUCAUAAAGCGACUUCAUGUGUUUGAAAGUAGUCCGAGAAUAA